GGCGAAGCUUUCCCUGAAAUAACAAAACAUGUCACUAAUGUUAAAGAUAUACUUAAUGAAGAGGAAGAGUCAUUCUCUCGUACAUUAGAUCGUGGUGAAAAACUCUUUGAUACUUAUUUGCAAAAGGCCAAACAAAAUGAUACUACAUUACUCUCGGGUGCUGAUGUUUGGCGAUUAUAUGACACCUAUGGAUUCCCUGUUGAUUUGACACGGCUGAUGGCUGAAGAAAAUGGUCUCAGUGUUGAUGAACAAGAAUUCUUGAAAGAACAAAAAAAGGCCAAAGAAAUAAGUCGUAAUGCGCGUAACACUGAUACUGAUGAUCGAGAAAUUGUAGCCUUGGAUAUGCAUGAUAUUGCAAAAAUCGAACUUGAUAAAAUUGCUAAUAUAACUGAUGAUAAUUUCAAGUAUC